AAACACCAACUAGAGAACAUUCAGUUCUGAGCGCUCGUGCGCAGCCUGGGAGUUCCGUUCCAUUGUGAGUGAAGCUCGAGAGCCUCAGAUGAACGCUGAAGGAUCUGAGCAAACACUGGAUCUCAUCUGCUCGACACACUGCGAGUUACACAGAAAGCGGCCAAGCUGGAAUUAUUAGGCUACUGACAGACUGAAUUACACAUAUCAAGAGUCUGAAGACUGAAAACAUGCAAUCAACAAAGCAAGGAGGCGUGAUAGCCUACGUCUGCUCCUCAAGCUCCGCCCCCAGCCCGGAGUCAUUCAUGAGCGACAGCUCUAACAGCCGCUCCCCAUCAUCCUCCCCACCUCUGCCCACUAAGCCGAGCCGUAUCACAGACCUGCCCACCGCUGGACUGCUGUCGAAGCGCCUUCACCCACGUGACAAGACCCUCGCUGCCAAGAGCAGCAUCACCAAGCUCAAUGGAAUGGUGCUACUGUGUAAAGUGUGUGGAGACGUGGCCUCGGGCUUCCACUACGGUGUUCAUGCCUGUGAAGGCUGCAAGGGCUUCUUCAGAAGAAGCAUCCAGCAGAAUAUUCAGUAUAAGAAAUGCCUGAAGACGGAAAGCUGCACUAUUGUGCGGAUAAACCGCAACCGCUGCCAGCAGUGCCGCUUCAAGAAGUGUUUAUCUGUCGGGAUGUCACGAGACGCUGUGCGAUUCGGACGCAUCCCCAAGCGGGAGAAGCAGCGGAUGCUCUUGGAGAUGCAGACGGCCAUGAAUAACAUGAUGAACAACAGUCAGCUGCAGCACGUGCUUCACGGUGCCCAGACCGUCCCGUGCGCCAUAGAGACCAGCCAGAGCGACUCCAGCUCCUCUUCUCCGUCGCCGCCGGAUUCGCCUCGGUCCUCGUCGGAUCUCUCCCGGGACUCGGAGUCAGUCGUUCCCAUGGACACGGCGUCGUCCUGUUCAUCGGACAGCGGAGAGGAAGACGCGGCGAGCAACGGACGCGUUCCCCGCGAGGACCUGUUCACAUACAGCUCGUCCGUAUCUCCGGCCAGCUCCGAAACGCUCAGCAGCAGCAAGGAGGACGAGGAGCCGCAGCGGGAAUGCUGGAACCGCUGGAACGACAACCAGAGGCGCUCUGACUGCGAGGGCGGCCUGCAAGGACCUUACAGGGAACAUGUGACCCAGCAGUGCACCCGUCAGCCAGAAAACUUGCCUUACCACAGGAACAGCAUGAACAAACUCCAGACGGGAGGAAACAGAGGACAUCUGGUAUGUCCCAUGAGCGUUUCCCCCUUCGUGGACCCCUGCAAGCCCGGUCAUGAAAUCUGGGAGGAGUUCUCCAGGAGUUUUAUCCCUGCUGUACGAGAAGUCGUGGAAUUUGCCAAGCGGAUCCCUGGCUUCCAGGACCUCUCCCAACACGACCAGGUUAACCUUCUCAAGGCGGGAACCUUCGAGGUUCUGAUGGUGCGCUUCGUGCCUUUGUUCGACGUGAACGAGCGGACGGUGACCUUCCUCAGCGGGAGGAAGUACAGCGUGGACCUGUUGCGCUCCAUGGGCGCCGGAGAGCUGCUCAACUGCAUGUUCGAGUUCAGCGAGAAGCUCAUGGCCCUGCAGCUCAACGAGGAAGAAAUGAGCCUCUUCUCCGCCGUGGUGCUGGUGUCUGCAGACCGAUCGGCCAUUGAGAAUGUAAGUGGCGUGGAGGCCCUGCAGGAGGCGCUGAUCAGAGCUUUGAGGAACCUGAUCAUGAAGAACCACUCGAACGAAGCCGCCGUCUUCACCAAGCUGCUUCUGAAGCUGCCUGAACUGCGCUCGCUCAAUAACAUGCACUCCGAGGAGCUUCUAGCCUUCAAAAUCCAACCUUAAAGCCAACGGUGCUUCCCUUUACUCUCUGUCUGACCAAGUUGGGUUGUAAAUCUUACUCUUGAAUGUAUUUAACAGGCUUUUUUACUUCGUUUUGUGUAUAAAGAUGCUUUGAGUUGAAACUUUUAAGAUGGUUUUAAAGCUAUAUUAAAUAUCAUUGUGAUUUGCUCAUUACGCACAAGCAAAGGUUGUCUACGUUUCACAUUUUUUGGUAAAACACUAGACUCUUCCUCAGCAGCAUAUCGUCUUUUCAUUAUGUGCAAUAGCUGCUAACGCAUGGUUAUUCGUAUAAGAGCAGCUUUACGUCGUAUCGUGUCCAUAAGAGUAUGUCUUCUUUAAAAGAUUGAUUAUGUGUUGUGUGUGUUUGUAUAUGAUGUCAUUUUUUUCUGAAUGUAUGUCUGUUUCUAGCAGCAUGUUGGCAUCGUUUUAACCUGUAUAACAGGGCAAUGUUUUUGCACGAGGUGUCGAGGAACAGAUGGGGUUGCGCGUGCUUUCAGCUCCCCUGACACCAUAAUAACGGAGAGGAUUUAUGAGCGGAGUCUCUUUAAAUUAUGUUUUUAUAUAGACCACGUACAGAGAGGUGUUAUAAGUCUUCCAUUAUGCAGCGGGAAACAUGUAUAGUGGAUGAGAACAAAAGUAUGCUUCGUGCACAAGUGAAAGAGAUGGAGUUUAUUUAUGGAUCUUUGUAUAGAUUGCCUUAUCACUCUUUGCCACAUCUACGGACAUGGGGAACAUGUUUUUGUUUUUCUUCUCCGGUGAGAAUUGCAGAGCAGGGAAACCAUGUUAAAAUCCCAGUUAUUUUGGGAUGCACUGCUCCCGGUUUACUCUAUGCAUAUGGAAACAGCUUGACAACAUGGACAUUUCUCAGCCUAUAGCCAAUAGGAAAUGACGUACAACUCCCUUGUUCAGCUCUGGUGUGUCCAUGUUUUUUUGUUUCCUUAUAAACGACAGUGCAGUAUGUAUAGUUGUGUAUAUCUAUUUGAAAUAUAUCAUUAUAAAGUAAAUCAAUAAAUAUUUACUUGUCA